ACAUGGCGGACGUUUGAGUAGCUUGAGUCAAAUUUGUAUUUUCAUUUUUAAUGAUUCAAUUUUUUUAUUCCAAUUAGAUUGUUUUUCUCGCAAAUGGCAAUAAUUUUACACUUAGGAGCUUUUAUAAGCAACAUCUAACCUCGAAAAUUCAGAGCAGUUUUUACUGGAGUCAGUUCACUUUCAAGUAGCUUGUUGUGAGAUAUGAAGUAUCAUUUAAAGCAGCUUACGUUUUAAUAUUCCUUAAAUUUCAAAUAAUCAUGAAUGGCCUAACGUUUAAAAGUCUUCUCAACCAAUAUUGUCAAAAGGCACGCGUUUCUUUGCCAAUUUACUCAACGAAACCAGUCCAAACACUUGCAGGAACUCUAAGCUAUAGCUGUAAUGUCAAGCUGUUUAAUGGGGCCAGUUUUGUAAGCAAAGGACCUUUUACCAACAAGAAAAAUGCGGAGCAGGACGCAGCAAAGCAUGCACUGGUUGCUCUAGGACAAGCAGCUGGCCCUGGAGAGCAAAAUACUGAAGGUAAUGUCUCAGAAACAUGUUGUGGUGCUUCUGAGAGCAUUUCCACUGAAGAGACUUCAUCAAGUAAAAAUACAGUUCAAAAUAGUAAUGUUACUGUAGCUGUGACUAUAGCAUCUACUUCUGAGGGAGUUUUAAUGCCAUCAGUGCAAACAGUUGAUCAACCAAAGCAAAGCAUAUUUCCCACACUUGCUACAGCAAAAAAUAUAUUGAAUGAAAGAGCACAGAAAUUGCACAUAGCUCUACCGUCAUAUCGAACAGAGGCAGAUGGCGUAGGGUUCAUUUCACGGGUUACAUUCAAUGGUGCGACUUAUUGUUCAAAUGGAAGUUGUAGAUUAAAGAAGGAAGCUGAGAAAACUGCCGCACUAGAGGCCUUGAAAGUAUUAAUACAAGAUCCAUUGAAAGGUUAUGGGAAUGCGACAAGUAGUGUUGUGGAAUCGAGUGGACAGGAAUUUUGUAACUUGGAGGAGAAGAAUAAGGGUAUGGUACCCAGUGCUUGUACCUCACAAGAUAAUUCUUGUAAGCUUAUGUCCGACAAUCCGGAAGUAGAGAUGAAUGUUCAAGGUUUCUCUCCUGAUUUGCUUGGACCCUCGUCUUCCGGUUUGCAUGCUUCGGUAGAAUUAUUGCCAAAUACACCUGUUGGAGUUCAAAAUGCAAGUGUACCAGUUUGCCAGCCAUCACCUGUGUCAUUCAAGAAUCUACUUCAGGAAUACAUGCAGCAAAGAGGAAUAGUUGUGGGUCCAAAAUAUGUGACAUCCAUGUCAGAUUUUGGCCUCUUCAAAUCCACAGUCCAUUUUUGUGGUAAAUUCAUUGAAUGCAACCAAGGGUUUUCUACCAAGAAACAAGCAGAGCAGAUGGCUGCAAGGCAGGCACUAUUAGAUCUUGGUGUUGAAGAACCUGAAAGCCUUGGCACCUCAAGAAAAGUAAAAGACAGAACAAGAAAAUUGGGAUCUUUGAAGAGAAAACAUUUCCAAGGUCCUGGAGAUUUGGGUUUCCUUUGGGACUCUCCACCAAACUUGGAUCCCAGACUCAGAAAGAGACGACGUCUAGAUGAAAGCCCAUUUGCAACAAAAAACCUCAAGCUACAAAGUCCUCUGGUACAAAAAACUCUUGGUCACGUUGAAUUUUUGAGCGUUGGAGAAAUAUGGAAAGAAAAGAAAAAUGUAGCAAUUAUCGGGAAUGAUAAAACUUCAUUUGUUUUGCACUGCACAAGGGUUGAUGGUUCUCUUCAAAUAUUGAACACUAGGAUCAUGGAAAACGUGGAGCUGAGACAAGGUUAUCGCAUUAUUGGUCUUGAUGCUGAUUUGGUACAAAGACAAGGUCGUCUUAUCUUGCAGUCAAAGAGUUGUGCAGAUAUUGAGGUGCCUGAAACACCUGAUCCUGUGUUGAUCAGCUGUGGUGCUGUUGUUUUACAUUUAGAUCCAAAUAACAGGAGUGGGGUGCAAUGUGGUGUGGUGUGGRCUAGAGCUCAGGAAGAACUUUCUCGUCGUAUAUCCUGUGGUGCCAAUACUGAUGAUGCAAGCAGCUAUCCUUGGGGACUCCCAAAAGGGAACUUUCGACACAGAAUGCUAAGUACAGGUCUUCACAUUGAAAAGCCCUCAGAAUGUGCAGCAAGAGAGCUGAGAGAAGAGACUGGUAUCCAAGUAGAUCCAUGCGAUCUGGAAAAGAUCUCUUAUGUGGACAUACCACAGGAUGACAAUCUGAACCCCCACAAGGGUGAUGUGGCCCGUUAUUUUCUGUAUAUUUACAACCCGAUAAUUGAAGAUCUUGGCUCUAGUACCAAUGACAAUGAUAUGUCUAACACUCAGUCAGAAGCUGUUUUACAAUCAGACCAAAGUGUGGGAGCCUGUGAGGAUGUUAAUAAAGAUGCAGUGCUGCCGGUUUUAGUUCAAAGAGAACCAAUUGAAAGAAAAGAUGAAGAGAUUGAAUGUGUUACUAAUGAGAGUGGUGAUGCUGCUCACGCGACUUUAAUAGAAUCUUAUCAGGAAACCGGAGAAGRAAAUAUAAGAAUUGCUUCACUGUCAGAAAAACUAAUUGAUUCAUCAUCAAAAGAAACAGCAGAAAAACCCUCCAACACCAACACCAAGGAACCCAAGAUAGAGACAUGUCUUGCACUUCCAUCACCACCAUCACCAUUGCCAUUGAAAGCAGAGAAGAAGACCAUUCUAGCCAAAGUAAAGGAAAGCAGAAAAGAGUCUUUGGAUUCUUCUGUUGUUAAAGAUCCAUGUGUCACUUCCUGUACUUCCAUCUCAUCAUCAUCAACAACAACAGCAGCAGCAACUACAUCAUCAAGCCUCAAGAAGAAAACACCGUUAAACACUGACUUUGAAACAGAGUAUUGUUCUUCGAAGGACUCUAACUUUUCCUGUAUUAGUAAAUCAGACCCAAUAUAUCCCACAAUGCCUUGCAAAGGUAAUUUAUUUAACAUAAAUUCUGAAAUAAAAGAUGACAUUCGAGAAGAUAACAAGACGUUAGACUUGAUGGAAGAUAGUGAGCUAGGAGCUAAGGGAAUAGCUGAUGAUGAACAACUAAGUCUCUUUAAAAAUGAUAAUGCAUCCACUGAUGUUCAGUGCAGAACAGACCAGGAGAAGCGAGGACAAAAGAGAAAACGAGGUUCAUCUGAGGAUGAGGAAUCAGGAGGUGAAGAUGAUAAACCUGAUAAUACCCACCAAGAGCCUGGCACUAGUACCCCAACAACAACUGACCCAUAUAGGUACCAGUCUCCCAUCGUCCAAGGUGCAAAACACGAAGAGUGUUCCUGGUUCCCAAUAGAUGAGGCCUUGAAGAUAUCUCYAUCUUUUGCCACUAUUUACGAAACAGAAAAAUUCUCAGAACUUUUGAUGUCACUCAAAAACACUUGGACGUGAAUUGUGAUUGUUGCUUGUCCCACAUCGUCCACCAGAAAAGAAAGGGCAGCCAACUCAUCUACAAUCUUGGAGAAAAAUAGUUGAGAAUUGCAGCCCCCUCCCCCUCCCCCCUCUCCCCCAGAUAUAAAUAAUGAAUGGUCCCUACACUUUGCAUGGUCAGUUGGUUAAUACUGGCGGGAAAAGGGCAAGUUAUUAUUGCGGAAGUUUGAACAAGUUUGAAUUUUAUUGUAAUUUCUCAUAUCACAAGGUUCCAUUUUAAACUAGCCUGCAAAAAAACUGACGACUCUUAGCAUAAAUUAAAUAAUUUAUCAUUCCUAAUAAAUACGGAAUAAAUCUGGCCAAAUUCAAGUUUUUAAUGUUAUUGACAAAACAGGCAAUCAUAUAUUUCAUUUAUGACGUCAAUUUUUACAUGAGGGCUGGCCUCGAGUUGCAAAUUACCGCUGUGUUCCUUGAUUACUGACUAAUUUACUCAGGGCUAGCCUCAUAUCAGUGCCUAAAUAUUCACAAAUACCAACGGUAAAGUAAAGAAUGUAUAACUUCAACAAUACAAACACUUUGAAAUUCCACAGACAUUCACUGAAACACGUGGAUAUGCUGCACAAAGUUGAGGCUAACCCAGACUACUGGAGUAUCAUGAAGUCUUACUGCCUUGGCUUCUCUACCAGAUUGUGUCAUACCAAUAUAAUAUUUUCCCCAUAGUAGCUGCAUUGAUGAUGAUUCCCAAGAGACAAAGACAUGGCGGCCAUGUUGGUGCCAUGAACAAUAAGAAAUCUUUUGUCAAAUACCACCAACAUGGCGGCUAGAGGGCACGGCCAUCUUGGAGGACACAAUCAUAUAAAAUAUCGCGCAAUAAAACCUUAGUUUAAAUUAUUUUGACUACAAGAUGGCCUAAGUAAAGCCCAUCUCUCGAUAUAAUAAUGAUAAGGUAUGUACAUGAAUAAAUACCAUAGCUAAAACUUUUCUAUAUCUACAAAUUAUACAGAUUAUACGACUGUUGAAUAGACCUAAUCCACUGUUUUCCCAUUUCACACCGUAUCAUUCCCCAGAGUAUUAUUUCUUUAUUUAACAGUUGCACAUGAGAAUACGCAUGAAUAUGGAUACAACUCAAACAAAGAAUAUUAUUCUCAAGGGAAUGACACGUGGUCUGAAAUGGGCAAAACAUGUCGUUAUGACUGAUUAUUGCGCGCAUGUGGGCAUAUGCAUAUGGAAUAUGCGCGUUAUAAAUAUUAAAGUUAUUAUAGUUAUUA